AUGCCUUUUCAUUUGGUAUUAUGUACCAUUUUUAAUAUAACAAUUGCUCAAGAAGACCCAUGUUUAUAUGUACCAGAUAGUACAUUUAUUAGUGAUCAUGAAUCAUGUGGUGGUUGGAUAAGAUGUAAUAAUGGUAAAUCAUCAAAAGGUAAAUGUCCAGAAGGUUUAAGAUUUGAUUCAUUACUUGGUGUUUGUGAUUUAAAAGAACAUGUACCAUGUAUUGAUGAUUUAUGUAAUGAAGAAACAGAAGGACAAUUCUUUGCUGAUGAACGUAAACCAAGAAAAUGUUCUGCAUAUAUACUUUGUUAUAAAGGUGUUGCUGAAAGUUAUGAUUGUCCAGAUGGUUUAUCAUUUGAUAAAAAAAGAAAAGUUUGUGAUUAUAAAGAAAAUGUUGAAUGUACUGAUGAAGAAAAUAGUGAUAAUUCUGUAUGCUCAGCUGUACCAAAUGAUAUAUUAUUACGUAACGAACAUGAUUGUUCAAAAUAUUGGGAAUGUCAAGAUCAUAAAGCAAUUGAAAAUAAAUGUGAUGGAACACAAUUAUAUAAUCAACGUAUUGGUAAAUGUGAUGAUAGUGAAAAUGUUGAUUGUGAAAUAACAUGCCAUAAAUUUGAAGAAGGUAUACAUAAAAGAAAUCCAAAAUCAUGUCGUAGCUAUUUUAAAUGUGAAAAUGAAAAACCAGUUGAAGUAAAUUGUAAGGAUUAUGAAUUUGUUGUUGAUGGUGAUAGUGAAGAAAAAAUUAAUACAUUAAAAUGUGAAGAUCAAAUGAAUGUUAGUAAUGAUUUAUGCCCAAAUCGUUGUGAAGGUAGAGCUGAUGCUACUUUUGUACCAAUUUAUACUGAUAAUGCAGAAGAAAAAUGUAAAAGAUAUCAUCCAUGUAAAGAUGGUAGAAUAAAUGGUGAUAACACUAUUUUCACAUGUCCAGCUGAUAAAUUUUUAAAUGAUGAAACACAAAAAUGUGUUGUUAAUGACAGAAUUAAUAGAGAAAAUUGUAGAAAUCCUACAGUAUAA